AUGCACUCGCCCAGCCACGGCCACGGGGGCAUCCCUGCUCCACGACUUGGCCCCCAAGGGCCUCUACCACCCAGCGGAAAGGAUGCGCUGCCUCGCAGGGCUCGCUUGAAGUCGAACGCAGGGCUGCAGCCACUUCCUCAAACAGGCGUGACGACACUGCGCACCAGUCAAAGUGCAGAGCUGCCCACGGUUCGCCGACUGGCCAAAGGAGAAUCGACCGCAUCUCUACGCUGGGAGGCCCCUGAUUCCCCCGAUACCCCGACAACCGAUUCGGCCGUACCUACCAGUCCCAAGCUGGACCCUCACGAAGCCUACAGUACGCUGGCGCCUGCAUCCAAGCGAUGGGCACGAACUCGUUCUACGACUCCGCAGCGGCCGGGUCUGGAGGGCUGGCGCCGUGCUGCAGCUCAAGCGGUAGAGGAUCGUGCUGUCCGACAGCGGAAACAGGUGAACCUCUCCCUGGCUUCCUUGUCCACAGAGGCUGUGGAGCGAAUGGCCAGUGAUGUUGACUCGGACAGAAAGCCGUCGCCUUCGCUGCCACGCUCGGAGACUUCGGAGUACGGGCUGCCGCAGCGUGAGCUUUCCGUCUAUGAGCAGGCAUGCAUUUCCAGGAAGCUUCUGCCGAAGUUUGUCAGCCGCAUCCAGGAUGCCGUGUCGGGAGAUGUCUUCGACUUGCGCGCUGCGGGACUUGGAGAUGACCAGCUCCUGGCAGUCUUUGCGGACAGCAACCUAUGCCCAGCGACCCAAAUCCGGCGUUGGCGACUGCACGACGUGCGCAUGCGUGACAGGGGAGUCAAGCGACUUUCUGAGCUGUUGGACGAGGAGGUCGAGGCGAUCGACUUGGCCAACAAUGAGCUGGGACAUGUAGGUAUUGGCCACCUGGCUCGAGCCCUUUGCCACCGCUCCCUGGAGCAGCUGCGGCGUCUGGAUCUCUCGGCGAAUGCGCUGAGCGACGAGGCGGCCUGCCGCCUGGCAAAAGGACUUCAGCACUGCCCUCGACUUCUGCGACUGGAUUUGCGAAACAACGCGAUCCAGGAUGGACAUGCGCUGGGUGAGCUCAUCGCCGGUCAUGGCAACGUGACAAGGCUCUCAUUGAGAAGAAACCGUCUUGCAGGCUUCGGCAUGGCAGCCCUUUUCAACGGGAUCUUGGAGAACGCUCGCCGAGGCGGUCAGCUGGCAGACGUCGAUGUCGCCUGGAACCCGCUUGCUCAAGAUGGACCUCUUGCUGCGAAAGCCAUUGCGACUGUCUUUCGGGAGUCUGCGACUUUGUACCAUUGCGAUCUCAGCUACUGCUGCCUGGACUCUGCCAGCUGCGGGCUCCUCGGAGAGGGGCUACGUGACAACCAUUCCCUGUAUGGCUUGCAUGUAGUUGGAAACGCAGCAACCAUGGAUGCAGACGGAUUUCUGACACCCCUGCAGAAAGUGGGCCCUAUUCCUCCAGAUGCAGACCACAAACGAUCAAUGGUGUUCGGCAGUGUCCAGCCUGGACCAGAGGCACUGCUGGGUGCUCAAGGCUUCGGUGCCGACGACCUGAACGGCCGUGAUGUGCUCGAGAUGAAAUCUGCCUGCUGGGCCUGCGAGGGCUGGAUCAGGCAAGAGAUUGAAUGGCCCUACGAUCCCGGAGAUCCUCCCAGGGCCGUUUGGGCUUUCACGGCCUUGGACUCCUUUCGACGCGCCCUGCGUCUGAGACCAGAGCCAGGCCACAGGCCUUGCUUCAAGGCCGCACGAAUGGUGCCUCCUGGACACAGGCUCCAAGUCAUCUUCCAGGUUGACUCCAAGAUCCAGCUUCUUCCAGGAGCUCGGGACAAGCUGGCGGUGCCUGCCGAGUUGACUCUUCGCAUUUGCCAGGAAUUGCCUGAGCUGGUACCAGAUCCCGAUCAGGUGAUCUGUUCAGAGAGCUCGCCACGCUCCGGUCGGCCAGUUUUCAUCGCCAGCAUGUCCGAAGCGAGUGUGGUCGAGAGGAGGACGGCCCCCGAUGAUGUGACAUCAACUUCUGCGUGCCGAGCAUGCCGAGGGGUGGUCACUGAUGGCCCAGCGGAUGGCGAUGCAGUGCUGCUCCCACGCGUCACAGAAGCGGAGUUCAAGGCCAAGGCCAAGCGUUCGCCACCAUUCUGGAGCACCUUCAAGAAGGAGUCUUUGUCUUUGCGCAGGGAAGCACUUCGCACAGACUGGCUUCGGUGCCGACUGGGACACGUUGUUCCAGAGUCUGAAGUCGAGGAUAUCAAGAAGGCUAUGGAGCCUCACUAUGGUUGGCUGAUGUGCCUCUACCGCAGAGUCUCGUCCCUUGAUGCGUCUGGGGAGAUUGGUUUCGGCAUCAGCCAACUACAGGCGGGUGAGCUGAUGUCCGGGUGUGGAAUUCUUGAUGGCACCACGACCAAGGUGGCAGACAUAGAUCGGUUCUUCAUUGCGGCCAAGGUCACACCCGCUGAAAUGAAGAAGACGAUGGCAAUCGUCAAUGACAAGACCCUCGUGCGCUACGAGUUUCUGGAGUUCCUUCUGCGUGUGGCGAACCAUCACUUUUUCAAGUCUGGAGCUGCGACUUCCAUGGCCGAGGCCAUUGCGCUCUUGCUCCAGACAUUGGAAACAGAGGGCAGGAAGAUGGAAAGGGAAGUGACCGACUUCCUGGAAGCGCUGUGGGUGGAGGCGGUGGAUGACCUGUACAAGAAGCACGUGGACAUGCUGGGCGCCGUGUACAAGCGGUUCUAUGGGUCAAAGACGCCCCCGGGCAAGCCGAAGUUCAUGGCACUCGGAGAGUUCCAGUCUCUUCUGGAGGUGGCCGACGUGCAUGCCACAGGCUUUCAAGCUCGACAGUCAGCGCUGGCUUUUCGGAUGGGCAUGAUGUGUCAGCCUGACGAGACUGGUUCCUCUCGAUUUCAAGAGAUGUCGUUCCUGGAGUUUCAGAUGGCACUUGGUGCAGUUGCGCCUCAGCUGCCAUUAGUCGUCGGACCUGUGAUCACAGUGCUGCAGCUUUGCAAGAGUUUUACAAGCGGCUGGACGGCGCCUGUGCAAUGA